AUGGCGGCCAAAGAAAUUGUGCAUGCACAAGAUUUCAUCAGGUGUUCUUGCUGUGAACAAAAUGUUACGUUUUUCUGCAAAACAUGCAAAAUGGAUCUUUGCGAGGAGUGUGUCCUCGAACAUACUAGAGAAAAAGAAGAGGAUUGUUCUCACCAAGUGGUCAUAUACAGUCAGAAAUACAAGUGUGAUAGUAAAGAAAGUUGUGUAUCCGGUCAAAAUAUUGAGGUAUUCGUAGAGGACAAAUUAACAUUGAUAGAAGAGAAAAUCAUCUCUGGACGAAAUGUUGAGAUCUCUGAGAUGUGCAGUAUUCACCCUAGCAUGACCUACGGAGUAUGCUGUAAAGAAUGCAAGGUGCCCGUCUGCAUCCGAUGUAUAAAAGAGAAACACAACGGUCACGUAUUUAUAGAAAUAAAAGAGUUCUAUGAGAUGAUAAAAGAAGAGAUAGAAAGGUGCGUAUUCGAUAUGAAUUCUUCUAAGAUCCCACAAACUCAAGGAUUUCUUGACCAUGCAAUACAGGGGCGAAUGGACUGUAUUGUUGACAUCGAAAAGGUAAAGUCUCAACUAGCGUCAGAUGCCGAACGGGCAAAGAAGCUGCUUGAUGAAAGCCUGGCAAGUGGUUUGAAAGUAAUAAACGAUAUUCAAAUUAUGUUGACUGCAGAUUACAUUCAAAGAGAAAAUGAUAUUAAAGGCAAAGUUUCGGAUCUGCAAUGUGCAGUGCGGUAUUAUAAUGAAAUGAAAACGUCAAAUAAAUUUGCAGAAAUGGUCAAUUUCCACACAAGUCUGCAAAAUAAUCCUAUAAGGUGUAGUAAAGCCUUAGUCUCCAAAAUGAACUAUAAUUCUAAUAAAUCAUUAACACUGGAAGAAGUCAGCAAGCUUUUUGGAUGUAUUACAGUUAAGCCUGGAAGCGUCAACGAACUGAGGCGCUUGAAGGAAGUUGCACUCAAGAAAGGACAAAUCCAGUUCGAAUUCACUCCUGUCGUGGAGAGAGUCUUGAGUUUUGAAGUAUCGGGAAUCUCUCAUACUAGUCACAUUUCUUAUGUAAGGGAUGGGAUGGCUUUUUUCAGUGACAACAACUCUAGUUUAGUUCUCGCAAAUUCGAGAGGAGAGAUGGUGAAGGAGAAAGCUGUUAUGGUGAGUAGUGGUUACGGCUGCCAUGCAGUUACUAUAGAAAAAGAUCUGUUAAUUAUAGAUCUCCCCAAACACCAAAUCUACAAAGUCACACAGGAAAAGAAAUCUAUUCCUCUCAUCAACACAGGGAAAUGGACCCCAACUACUCUCCACUGUUCCACGCGAAAUGGAGAUAUUCUGAUAGGUAUGUACUUCAAACACGAUGCAAGGAUCGUACGAUAUGAUGAUAAGGGAAGAGAACUGUGCGAUAGCCAGAGAGAUGCCAACGGUGUUAAUCUAUAUCGCAAUCCCUGCUAUAUAACCGAAAAUAUAAACAGAGAUAUUUGCGUGUCCGAUUGGAACGGAGAGUGUUUAAUCGUUACAGACAGAAGCGGAAAGCACAAAUUUUCAUACUCGGGGAGUGGAUCUAGGUUUUAUCCACGAGGGAUUGCCACAGAUGACACAGGCCGGAUUUAUGUCCUUGAUGGAUGGAGCGAUGCAGUGCACGUUCUUGGAGCAGACGGCAAACAGCUGGCAUUAAUCUCAACAGAAGACCACGGGGUAGAGGGACUGUUAUCAAUUUGUUUUGGCGCAAAAGGGAACCUAUGGAUUGGAAAUCGAUUGAACAAUAUCAUAGCUGUUAUUAAAGUUACCCUUGAAUAA